CAAAAGUCAAAACAAAAAUUGAUGAGGAGAGGAGUGUUGAGGAGUGAAGAAUUUGAAAUCCGGCUGUUCACAAUUUGAUCGAUAAAACUGAAAAUUCUUAGAUAACUAUUUAACGCUAUCGAAAAAUAAAAGCAACGUCAUUAAAAUGGUGCGGGUUAUAACUCAGGAGACCUAUGAUGAUGUGGUUAAAGAGAACAUAGAAGAAUUCGAUAUGAGCCCUGAGGAGGCAGUGAAAGAGGCAGUGGCACAAUUUGAAGCACAGGGUGUUGACCUCUCUAACAUAAUAAAAGACCUAGCCUUAAGUUCAGAUGAUAACCAUCUUGUCAGCAUUACUGUGGAAAAGUUGAAAGAGCUAUGCAGCAAAAAUGGUGUUGAUAGUCAAAUAAUACAUGAGUUGGAUGUUUUAAAGGCAGAAUGCAAUAAAGACAUAGCACACAGGGUGAGGGCAGGAAAGGAAGGAGCCUACAAUACUUUGAUAGAUCUUCUAGAAAUAAAACUAAAAGCUUACAAGCAAGAACACAAUGCACACAAUCAAAAUAUAGUUGUGAAGAUUUUGAGUAGCUUAAGAGCUUUGAUGGAAAUGCAACCUGAUGUACUUGAUGAAAGAGGAGUUAAUAUUAUUAAAAGUGUACUAGAAGGUAUAGAAGAUGAAUCCAUAUUAUUAUCAACACUACAAUGGACAAGUGUAUGUUGUGUUAAACACGAAAUGAACAGGCAGAUGCUAUUUAAUAAGAACAUAACUGACAAUCUGAAGAAGUUGUUGGAGAGGAAAGAAAAUAAGAGAAUACUCAGUGAAUUGCUACAAGUUAUAAGAAGAUUUACUCUCGACGACGACAUUCGGGUAGAGUUUGGAAAGGCACACGAACACGCUAGAGAUUUGGGCGUGAACUUAUUAGAAAUACUUACUAAAUUGCUAAAAGAAAACACACAACCACCAAUAGUGUCAGAGCUGAUGCUGACAAUGUCAACAUUGCUUGUGAGGCACGAGCUGUGCGCGCAAGCUUAUGAGGAUGUCCUGUACACCAUCCUGGCAGACAACUAUGAUAAUGUGGUGGUUGUACUACAGGCCAGCAAACUAAUAACUGCAUUGGCGGGCAACGAUGACGUCAAACGCCAACUUGUCAAAAGCGGGAUAGUGCCAAUUAUUGUUUCUCUUCUGAAAAGGCAUUCUAACAAUGCAACAGCCGCAUCACUAAUACUCAAGUGUAUAUCGGCUCUGAGUCUCCGUGAAACAGAGCACGGGAAGCUGUUUCUAGAGAAUGGUGUCGCCGAGAUCAUUGUGGAGUGUCUCACUGUGCACGAGGAUAACGCUAGCGUUCAGAAAAACGGUUGCUGGGCAAUCCGCAAUAUGGUAGCCAGACACAAGGAGCACAAUCCCAAAUUCCACGAGCUGGGCAUUGAGGCGGUACUCAACAAAAGUUAUGCAAAAUACGCGAAAGAUUUCGGCUUCGACAUCAAAUCUGCGUUGAGGGAUUUGGAUUGCGAUGUGAAGUUCGACGAGCAAUGGACAGGGAAAGGGGUGCAAAUUAAUAAAUAAACUGCUAAGAACUAAAUCUAACGAGAGCCUCCGAAGGCCAAUUCCUCAUUUUAUGGAGGCCGAAAGUUUUGUCUGCCUAUGCACAGUAGUAAAAUACGCUAGCCAAAUAAGUUUCUUAUCUGCAAAGGGGAAUGCCCACCGGCCCAUACGUCGGCCCAGGGAACCCAGGUAUACCCCCGUAAAAAUACAUUUUUUAAUCACUCUUCUAGGGCAAAAUGUUUGUUGGUGUACCAAAAAUAACGUUUGAAGCUGUAUUGUUUUUUUCUGUAACCUUCAAGCUAAACAAACAAGAAAACGAACAAACAAACCAAUCAUAAGUCUUCCCGUUGUGAACAAAUUAUUAUAGAUGAAUUGAAAAUGUCGUAAAACGUCGUAGCAAACUUAUUUUAAUAAAGUAAUGAUUUCAUUAUUAAAGUAGAUUUAUCAAGAUUUUUUAAAUAUAAGUAAGUUGCCGGGCGGUAAAGGUAAGCCUGGGCCGGGGAUGGGCAUUCCCCUUUGCACAGUAAAGGGUGAAGAUAGGCUGGCCGAAAGAUACAAAAAUGACGUCUUAUUAACCAUUAAUAUCUAAGCAAACAAAAGAGCUCAACAAAAUAAUGAUCACACAAAGCAAGAUAGUAAAAACUCUAUCUAAUAUAUUUUCAUUAUAUUACUACAGCUUUCAAACAAAUAAAGCUUUAUUAAUAUUUUAAACUACAUAAUGAAUGCACAAAAAUUGUCGCCUUUUAAUUUAUACGCCAUUUUUAUAAAAAAAAAUGAAACACUAAUGUAAAAAUAAUCAAUAAUAUUUAUUGUAAUUAUUAACAUUUUUAUACAAUAAAUAUACACAUAUAUGAAACAUUUAUCACAAUAUUAAUGUAAUAUUAAUACAUUUAAAACAGUACUACAUAAAAAUAUAUACUUACAAAACGUGA